CCUCCACCGCAGCAGCAGAGAGGGUCCGCUCGGCACCGAUGAAACUACUCAGCCACAACUCGGGGUGUAUCUCCUCCUCCCACAUGCGCUGACACGUCUCCAGGUAUUACACACAUCCCGUCGGGCGGCAGCAGCAGGGAGCGUCCACUUUGGCCGGUGUGACACAUAGUGAACACAUUUCCAGAGACGCGCGGAAGAGAUGUUGCUGAAGGAGUACAGGAUAUGCAUGCCCCUCACCGUGGAGGAGUACCGGAUUGGGCAGCUGUACAUGAUCAGCAAACACAGCCAUGAGCAGAGUGAUCGAGGGGAAGGGGUGGAGGUCGUCCAGAACGAACCAUAUGAGGACCCGGCGCACGGCCAAGGACAGUUCACAGAGAAACGAGUCUACCUCAACAGUAAAUUACCCAGCUGGGCUCGAGCAGUGGUUCCCAAAAUCUUCUAUGUGACGGAGAAAGCAUGGAAUUACUACCCUUACACCAUAACAGAAUAUACUUGCUCAUUCCUGCCGAAGUUCUCCAUCCACAUAGAGACAAAAUAUGAAGACAAUAAAGGAUGCAACGACAAUAUCUUCGACACCGAGCUGAAGGAGCAGGAGAGGGAGGUGUGCUUCGUCGACAUCGCCUACGAUGAGAUCCCUGAGCGCUACUAUAAAGACUCUGAGGACUUGCGAUAUUUCAAAUCGGAGAAGACAUCGCGGGGGAUGCUGCAGGAGGGCUGGAGGGACACCCAGGAUCCCAUCAUGUGCUCGUACAAACUGGUCACUGUCAAGUUUGAGGUGUGGGGUCUGCAGACACGAGUGGAGCAGUUCGUACACAAGGUGGUCCGUGAUGUGCUGCUGCUGGGACACAGACAGGCGUUUGCCUGGGUGGAUGAGUGGAUUGACAUGACAAUGGAUGAGGUGAGAGAGUUUGAGCGAGCCAUUCAGGAGGCCACCAAUGAGAAGAUCGGAAUGUUUCCCCCGUCCAUCUCAAUCAGCGAAACACCCCUGUCCUCCUGUGCCCUCAACGGCCCUGCCAGCGCCCCCUCCACACCCAUGUGCACUGAUGCGCCAGAGUCCCUCUCUGUCCCAAAGGACCGACCCCGCAAAAAGUCUGCUCCGGAAACCCUGACCCUUCCAGACCCUGUCCAGAGUGGCGUCCCCCAGGGCUCUACUUUGAGCCCACUUCCCAUUUCGAACCACCUCCAGUCAUCCACACCGCCCACCUCCAACUCUGAUCUUGCGGAGAUGAACAAAUAGUAGUGGGAACUUGGGAUGUCAUACCCCUUUAUUAACUUGUUCCUACAACCCCAUUGUCUUAGUAGCCCAAUGAAAAUAGCCUAAACUCUAAACACCAGUGCCCAGACAUCCAAGUUCUCAAGCCAUAUCCAACAAAUUUCCAUAACCCUGGACAUGCAGCAAUCGCUCUCGAAGUCUUCAUCAGUAUCACUGCUACCACCCGAGCAGCUGUUGGCUCAGCCACCCUGAGGUGGCUGACUUCCUCUUGCUCUGAGUCGAGUCAACUACACGUCUCAGCUAUUACAACAAUCACCGGUGAUGUUGAAUGAAAACAGAGAGAAUCCAUAAUUGCUUCAGUUGAGCAGCAGGUCCUUAUGUUAUAUGAAUAAAAUAUUCUCAUUGUUUCCUCAGUUAUGUUUUCUUCAAUCAGACGAGCUGAGUGCUUUCAAACUAUUGAACUAUCAAGUAGUUGCCUUAGCACCACAGAGCCAGUGGUGUUUAUGAGUUUUGACAUGUGCAAAUGAAUGACAUAUAUUAUCCCGUUAGGAAUACAAUCAAUGACACAAAGUGGAGUAGCACAGUAGACCUAAUAUGUUAGACUAACACACACAGAGAACGAAAGCAAAGUACCCUCAUGAAACUACCACAUGGAAACUGUGUCCAGAGCGUGGAUCAGAUUUCAUCCUUUUCCAUCCCAGACUCGAAUAAACGACAGAUGCAGGAUCCGUACAAUCAUAGAGUUUACACCUCAGGUCUCCCUGACUCUACCUGACUCACACUCCAAAGGCAGGGAUAUUACUGAACCUUUCUCUCCCUGCUUAUUGCCAAACAGCCACAUUUUAUACCUCCACAGAUCUUACAAUACAACUAUUGUAUGUACUAUACCCGCCUACUUAACCCUUAGAUUGUUUACACAUCAGAAACCUCGGAGCGUUCGCGUAUUUUAGGUUAAGCUGUUGUUAUAUAUGCACUUGUGGUUUUAGCAUGACACUUAAAUCGAGUUUGUUCAAGUUUAUUACUGCAUAUAUCUUACUUAAGUUGACUGAGAGGUCAGUAUAUAUAUAACAAAAAAAACUUACAAGUCAAAUGUUGCCUGAUAAUAAUGCUGGAAAUCUCAUGUGACAUAAAUGUAAUCAACUUUUGUCAAAUCAGAAAGUUACUUUGAUGUCACAUGUAGGAACAAGGCCAUCUUGAGGAGUUUUUUCAAAGCAGUGACAGAUCUCUGUGCACAGUGGAGGUAAUGAGAACCCAAAGGUUGAUUCGAGAAAAGGGGCACGUGCGUCAAGCUGACUUGAGUAUGUGCUUUAGCAGCAUAGCAUUUGCAGAAGUAUUGAUGCUUUUGCCAGACCAUCGCUGGCUGUGCUAUUAAAAGCGAUUUUAAGAACGGGAACGUCCUUUGCAGUGACCCAUUGUUUGGCUGGGCCUGUAAUUUCCAUCUGAACAAUAAAGGAGAAACACCUACACAGAAAGAACGGUGAAGCUAUUCUUUGAGGGAAAAAACUCUUUCUAUUCAACGAUAUAAUUCAAAGAAAGGUUUUUAUAUGCUGCAUGGAAUGAUCACAACAUGUAUACACACAAAGUCAAGUAUACAGUGUAUGUGUAUAUACUGUAGAUGGCUGGAUUGGUUCAGUACAUUUGUCAAUGCAACAGUAUAAAAAAAGUGAAUGCUAACUUUGGAAGCUCUGUACUAAUUUUUGUAUAAUAGAAAAAAAGCAGAUUAUGGGUGGAAAUGUAAGCAUGUCCAGAGAAAAAUCCGUAGGACUACAAACUCUCUCAACUCAGUGCCUCUGCAUGCAACAGUUGUAACGUCACCUCCAUUCGUGCAAACCAAAAUCUCUUCUAUAUUUCAUGUCUAGAGAAAACUUAAAUUUAAUUUCUUUGCCUGUUUUCUAUUUCAAAUUUAACCUGGAAUAAAAAUAGGCUCCAGCCGCACACACUCAUCUGAACAACACAAUCAGAUCAAAUCAUAUCAAACAUCGUCAGACUUUAUUGUAACGGGACUAAGUUGUUGUUAGUUUUAGUUUUUUUGGAAAGAAGUAAAACUAUUUUCCCUGUUCAUGCCCAUUACUUCUACCUUCACAGCGCAAACGCAUUUUGCACUUUCCAGUCUUUGACACCUUAUUUGACAAUGAAGGAAUGUGUUACAAUACAGUCUUGUUGGGUUUGUCGGACCAAAGUCCUGUAAUACAGCGUAAAGUGACUUUGAAGAGAGAAGGUCAGAGAGUGGCCUCAGUGGUCUUGCCAUAAAAAUGUUGUUAAUAUUGUGUACAGUUUCUCACUCGCUUUUGUUAAAAAAAAAAAUGAAACAAAACAAACUGUAGCCAUUUAUCUGUAACUGUAGCUUUUGUCUUUGCCUUUUGAGCAUACAAAUGUUAUUAUACACCAGUCAAUGGCCCGUCUGUAUUGAUCUAUAACUUAUAGAUUAUACACACACUGAUGACUCUGGUAUUGCUCAUUUCUCUUGUCAGGAACACAGAGAUCCAGGAAUACAUGUGAUCUCCCACGGGCUAUUAAAGAUAAUGCAAAAUAUCCAAUCGUGCACCAUUAAGCUCUGCUCUGUUUAAAAGAGUAACAUAGUAGUUAUUGUAAAUACAGUUGUCAAUGACUUAUGGAGUAGGUUUCUUACAUUUAGUCUGUUGCAUCGCUGAUGAUGGGAGAUGAAUGAUGAAGGAUGUUAUUUAGCGCAACAUGAGUUAAAGCUUUGUUUUAUCUAGGAGUGAUGUGUCUGUAUCUAUGAAGUCAGUGUCAUUAUUGAGGAUAACUUUACUCUCCUCCACCGAGUGUCGAGGCUCCUCAUCGUAGUGGAGUACUUUUGGCUGCGGUUGCUUUUCAAUGCCCCCUGCUGGGCAAAAUUAUUUGUGCAAGUUGUAAAACCAAUUGAAGCAUUUCCUUUUCUUUAGUGGGGUGGCAGCUUUGACGUUUAGUUGCCAUAUUGAUUAAGAGGUGACUGGCUAUUUUGUUGUUUCUUUUUGUUUGUAGUAAACCUGCUGUACUUUGAUUUUGUGGUUGCUGUAUCAUAUGAAGGAAAAAUCUUAAUUAGUUUAUCUUUUUUUUUAAUUCUUUUUUUUAUAAAAGGACCAAGCUCUUCACUCCUCCUCCCCCUGAUGCUCUUUGCAUUCGGCCAGGCUGUUGUGCUGUCUUCUGAUAACUGGGACCUGUCUCACCAUCCAGGGUCACUGAGUUAGCUGGAGAAUCAUCCAGCCGUCUUCAUUAAUCCUGUUUUGUGAAACAGUCCCCAGAAGUGCCAUUGUUGAUCGGCUGCUGGAAGUCGCUCGUAGUUCUUCCUCUUCUACUAUUAUUGUAUUUGGUAUAUUUUUACUGCCCUUUGAGGUUCAUUCAGUUCUUUGUUGUAAUUAUCGUUUUACUUUUUUUCUGAAAUAGACAAAUAAACUU